AUGAAGAUUGUCGUGUUUGCUCUUUUGCUGUCAGCUCAUUGUGAGCUCAUAACAGCUCUGAAAAGAAAACACUUUCAUUUUAGUAAUGCCACGACAUGGACAAAAGCUCAAAGUCACUGCAGAGACAACUAUGAUUUCCUGUCCAGUCUUGAUCGUCAGGAGGAAAUUACAGCGAUAAAUAGCACAAAAACAGAAAGCUGGGUUGGUCUGCAACAGAUCUCAAACAAUUGGCAGUGGAGUGAUGGAGGCAACAGCAGUUUUAUCAUCUGGGCAGAUGGAGAACCAAAUCUGGCAGACCGCUGUGCUACAGUUAAAAAUGGCCUAUUGUAUAACAACCCCUGUAAUGCUUCAUACGGUUACUUCUGUUACAAGUGGGACACUGAACUGAUUGUGGUUAAAGAGAAUAAGAGCUGGGAGGAGGCGUUACAAUACUGCAGGACUCAUCACACUGAUCUGGCCAGUCUGCCAACAGAUUUACAUCUGAUCCAAACCAAACAAGCAACUGCUGAUACAUCAAGUGUAUGGACAGGUCUACGGUUCAUGGCAGGCUCAUGGUUCUGGUUAAGUGGAGAGAAUCUGGGAUACGUUAGUGCCCGGCUGCCAGCAUGUCCUGCUAAAUACACUUACUGUGGAUCUCUAAACCUAAAAACUCAGAGCUGGGAGAACAGAAACUGUAUGGAGAAACUUAACUUUGUGUGCUAUUAGAAAGGAGCGAUUUAAGAAUAUCAAGAGAAAUCUGACAACUGACGGAAUUAUGUCUUAUGUCUAGGUAGCCACUGACUCUAUUCAAACUAAAAAUACACUGUAAAAAUGAUAUUUUAUUUUACCUGCCACACCAAGAAAAAGUAAUUUGAAAAAAAUGUUGUUUGCAUUUCUUAUCUCCUUAUGUCACCAGUAACCUCACUCAAUGUAUAU